UCAAAGGGAGGCGCGUGCUGCUCGGUCCGGUCCGCACGAGCGCCUCUGGACCGUGUUUGUGUUUGCGUGCGCGUGCAUAUCUAUAUAUAUGUGCGUGUCGUGUGGUUUGCGCGUGAACCGGCUGAUUGAAAGCGCGAGCAGGCCGAGCGCGAGAGGCAGGAACCGAGAGGACGCGACCCGCGAGCUCAGCUACAAGCGACCGAUCCACCGGGAGACAUGGUCCGGUCCACACCGGGAGACACGGUCCGGUCCACACCGGGAGACACGGUCCCGUCCAGCCCGGGGAUCCUCCUGCUGCUGCUCCUGUGUCUCCACAGCACCGGGGACGUGCACGGCACGAAGACGGAAUGUGAGGCCAGCCAGUUCCAGUGUGGGAACGGCCGCUGCAUCCCGUCCAUCUGGCAGUGUGACGGGGACGAGGACUGCAGCGACGGCAGCGACGAGAGCUCCUGUGUUAGGAAGACGUGUGCAGAGUUGGACUUUGUGUGUCAGAACGGACAGUGUGUCCCGAAGAGGUGGCACUGCGACGGGGAGCCGGACUGCGAGGACGGGUCGGACGAGAGUCUGGAGAUCUGCCACAUGAGGACGUGUCGCGUGAACGAGUUCAGCUGCGGAGCCGGAUCCACUCAGUGCAUCCCCAUCUUCUGGAAGUGUGACGGAGAGAAGGACUGUGACAACGGAGAGGAAGAGGUCAACUGUGGAAACAUCACCUGUGCUCCCAACGAGUUCACGUGCGCCAGCGGCCGCUGCAUCUCACGGAACUUUGUGUGUAACGGCGAGGACGACUGUGGCGACGGCUCCGACGAGCUGGAGUGCGCCCCGUCCUCCUGUGGUCCCAGUGAGUUCCAGUGUGGGAACUCCUCGUGCAUCCCGGCCAGCUGGGUGUGUGACGACGACGUGGACUGUCAGGACCAGUCGGACGAGUCCCCGUCUCGCUGUGGCCGUCACCCGACGCCUCCGGCCAAGUGUUCUUCCAGCGAGAUGCAGUGUCGCUCGGGGGAGUGCAUCCACAAGAAGUGGAGGUGUGACGGAGACCCCGACUGCAAGGACGGCAGCGACGAGGCAAACUGCCCUGUACGCACAUGUGGAUCGGACCAGUUCAAGUGUGACGAUGGAAACUGCGUCGCGGGGAGUCGACAGUGUAACGGUGUCAGGGACUGCGUCGAUGGAUCGGAUGAAACCAACUGCAAAAACAUGACUCAAUGCAACGGACCAGACAAGUUCAAGUGUCGCAGUGGGGAGUGCAUCGAGAUGAACAAGGUGUGCAACAAGGCCCGGGACUGUCCCGACUGGAGCGACGAGCCCAUCAAGGAAUGCAGUGUGAACGAGUGUCUCAUGAAUAACGGCGGCUGCUCUCACAUCUGUAAAGACAUGGUGAUCGGCUUCGAGUGCGACUGCUCACCGGGUCUUCAGCUCCUCGACCACAAGACCUGUGGAGACAUCAACGAGUGUGUGAACCCCGGCAUCUGCAGCCAGAUCUGCAUCAACCUGAAGGGGGGGUACAAGUGUGAAUGCCACAACGGCUACCAGAUGGACCCGACCACCGGGGUGUGCAAGGCCGUGGGGAAGGAGCCCUGCCUCAUCUUCACCAACCGGAGGGACAUCCGGCGUCUGGGUCUGGAGAGGAAGGAGUACACCCAGAUCGUGGAACAGCAGAGGAACACGGUGGCUCUGGACGCAGACUUCAACCAGCAGACCAUCUUCUGGGCCGACCUCGGCCACAAGGCCAUAUACAGCACCAUGCUGGACAGACGAGGGGACGUCGGCACCCACAUCAAAGUGAUCGACAACGUCCAGACCCCCGUGGGAAUCGCUGUGGACUGGAUCUAUAAGAACCUGUACUGGUCGGACCUCAGCACCAAAAGCAUCUCGGUUUCCAACUACAACGGAACCAAGCAGAAGGUUCUGUUCAGCAGAGGCCUCAAAGAACCGGCGUCCAUCGCCGUGGAUCCUCUGUCCGGGUUUCUUUACUGGUCUGACUGGGGCGAACCUGCAAAGAUUGAGAAGUCCGGUAUGAACGGAGCGGACAGACAGGUUCUGGUGGCGAAUGACAUCCAGUGGCCCAAUGGAAUCACUCUGGAUCUGAUCAAGGGCAGGUUGUACUGGGUCGACUCGAAGCUGCACAUGCUCUGCAGCGUGGACCUGAACGGAGACAACAGGAAGAAGAUCCUUCAGUCCUCCGAGUACCUGGCGCAUCCCUUCGCUCUCACAGUGUUUGAGGACCGAGUCUUCUGGACCGACGGUGAGAACGAGGCCAUCUACGGGGCCAACAAGUUCAGCGGCUCCGACGUGGUGACGCUGGCCAGCAACCUGAACGACCCCCAGGACAUCAUCGUCUACCACGAGCUCAUCCAGCUGUCGGGUACAAACUGGUGCUCAGAGAAAGGACAGAAUGGAGGCUGUAGCUUCAUGUGUCUGCCGGCUCCGCAGAUCAACAAGCACUCGCCCAAGUACACCUGUGUGUGUCCGGAGGGGCAGGAGCUGGCGUCUGACGGCCAGCGCUGCCGACCCGACCCUCCUCCUCCUCCUAAAGGUCCCUCACAGGAUGAUGGGAAAGCUCUGGUGAAGCCGCUGCCAGAAGCCCACGUGAACACGUCGAUCCAGUUGAACUCCACAGCCAGAGGUUCUGCAGCGGCCUGGGCCAUCCUGCCCGUCUUGCUGCUGGCGAUGGCGGCGGCGGGCGGAUACCUGAUGUGGAGGAACUGGCAGCUGAAGAACCAGAAGAGCAUGAACUUCGACAACCCGGUUUACCUGAAGACCACAGAAGAAGACCUGAACAUCGACAUCACCCGGCACGGCGCCAACGUGGGACACACCUACCCUGCGAUUUCCAUCGUGAGCACAGAAGACGAUUUGUCCUGAUCGUCUUGUUUUUUUGUUGUUUUUUCUUUUUGUCGUUUGUCUUUUGUGCGGCAGCCCGUAGUGUUGCAUGGCGCCUCCUUGUGGCCAUGCUGAGGGGUGUGUGUGUGUGUGUGUGUAGCAGCCGGUACGACCUCAUGACUUCUGAAGUGCGUUGAUCAUCGUCUGUGCUGAGGACGACCGGGGGAAGUGUUACUAAUGUGAAUACAACGAGGAAUCAUGACGGAUUUCACUCAGUGCUACGUUUUUUUUUGUUUAUGUUUUUGUUUGUUCGGAGCUCGGACGACUUCCUGUCUGCCCCCCCCCCCCCCCCCCCCUC